UUUCUCAGUGUCGCCGAGACGUUCGACGCAGUAAGAGUUGUCGGCGGAUAAGCGCGCGCUCUGUCACGUGACCGCGUUGUUUUGUUUUGGUAUCGCGAUCAGUAUCGUUCGCAGACACGUGGAUAAUCCGGCGAAGACAGAAGGAGACCCCGGCUCGCGUGGAUAAUUCGGAAUUCCGAGUUUUUCGUGACGUCGUCGGCGGGAAGGAAAGGAAAGGAAAGACGAGGAACGGAACCAGGAAGGUCUUAUCGGCACCGCCGUUGUUGUUACAAGUGCGCAAUAAAAAGACCGCGGCGAACCGUGAAACGUGCGUGCACCACGCGACAAACUUAUGUAAAAUUACCAACUGUAUGGGUUACGUAACUCGAGUCGCGGCGUGAAUCUCUAAAAUCAAAUACAUUUGCGAACCCGACACUCCUCGCUCUGCAUUCUCUGAUUCGAAACGCGUGCUGUGCACAUUGAUUAAAGUUCGGUAUAGCGAGAUUUUGUGUGAUAACUGAUUGCUGUUACUGUUGGUGUUGGUGCUGUUUGGUGAUAAUCAGUGAGAUUCAGAGAGCGUCAAGUCUUCGCGAUCCUUUUUUUUUCUUACACUUGAACUUGCAGCUUGCCACGGACUUUUUGCCGGCCAGAUUCGACGCCAACUUCGGCAUCUUUCGUUACAUUUCCACUUCACGAAUCUACGAAACUACUUCACGAUUUAUUGAAGCGAUGGCUGCGAGGUAACGAAACUAGAUCAAACUCGGCGGAAGAAGGAAGGAAGACGACGAUUUCUCGCAGAUCGGUGGUUCGCAGUUUUGUUGCGUGUGCAUGUGUAAAUAAAUAAAGAAAAAUGGUCAAAGGCGCUGAACGACUUCCCGGCACCUCGUCCAGGAUCAGGACGAGGGACGAUGGAUGCUGCUCCGUCAAUUUCCUCAAAUGCGUUCUUCACAUAUACAACGUUGUUCUAUUCCUUUCCGGCAUCGCGGUUGGAGGCAUCGGCAUUUGGACCGUCGUAUCGAAGCACAGCUACAUAUCUCUACUCUCUACAUCCACUUAUCCAAUAUUGGCCUACGCUCUGAUCGCUGCCGGUGGUUUGGCCAUUAUUGCUAGCUGGCUCGGAUGCGGCGGCGUCACAUCGGAAAACAGAUGCAUCCUCAUUGUGUAUAUAUUCGUUGUGAUGGCCGUGCUGGUGCUGGAAGCCGGUGUUGGAGCCAUAUCGCGACUCUACGAGGAGCAAGUCGAUCCGGAGAUGAGGAUGAACCUGAAUCGCACCUUCCUCGAAACGUAUUCCAUAAGAUCCAGGGAAACCGCCGCCAUUGACGCAAUGCAGAAGGAGUUCAAAUGCUGCGGAGCGAUGAGAUUCGAAGAUUGGCUGUACAGCGAGUGGAGAAAAGAUAAGGAGGUGAUUUCGAAUCGAAGCCUCGUACCGGACAGUUGUUGCAAGACCCCGUCUCUUUUGUGCGGUCGCAGAGACCAUCCGUCCAACAUACAGUACACGGGUUGCAUAUACAAAUUCCUCGAGACGACGAAGGAUCACCUGAUCAUUUUAGGUGCCGUUGGUCUUGGCCUUUCGGUCCUCGAGUUGUUCGGUAUCAUCCUUGGUUCCUGUCUCUACAUCAAGCUGAGGCACGAUUUUGACGACUGAGAUUCGAUGUUUGGGGUUAAUUAUUAUAACUACGACGACGGUGACGCUGGCUCGUGCAGGUGGAUUUCUGAUAUCGUAUUACCUGAUGAGGACGAUCGAAUCUGAAUAUUUUGUAUCAUACUAUAUACAUAAUAUAGUAGUAUGUAGGUAUUUAAACUUCAUAUAUUAUUAUACAUAUAUAUAUUUUUUUCACAAAUUUUCGGAGAAGCUCGCCGAGUGAUUAUAUUAUGUACGAGAAAUCGAACCCGAGUAAGAUAAUAGGGAACGACUAAAAACGCUGCCGAUAGGUAAGUCAAGUCAGGGAAGAAAACUUGUUCGCGUACUUUGUUGCUUUCUUUCAAUUUUAACAAUUAAAUAAUUUUUGUAUUAUUCCAUCUUCUCAUUAGUAUUUCGGAAUUAGCGUCGAGUUGAUCACUCUUUUCAAUCAAGUCAUGAUUAUUUUAACCCUAGGACCCUACACUAUCUGUACGAAACAAAUAACCUACACAGGGGUUACGCGCAUCCCAUAACUUCAAAUCAACGAUGCCAACGGAUUGUUUGUCGUAGAAGCGUUUUGUUUUUUUCAUUCAAAAGCUGAAAGACUGGAGAACAGAAUAGUGAAUGCGAUAAAAACCUAAUAUGAAUUUUUCACCGUGCAAAAUUCCAUUGAAUGAAGUAAGAAAAAUGAUUUUAGCAAGCCGUAAGAAUUAUGUAACCUUAGGGGGUUAAGGGUACCAAUGUGUAGGGUCCUAGGCUAAUGUAAUUCUAUUCACAUUUUAUUUAUCUUUUGUCCAUUGAACCGGCGAAGCACAUCUUAUUUUGCAACGAUAAUUAAUCAUAAAUCAUAAUAUUUUAUCGAUGGUUUAUAAUCUGCGAAAGGGCAAAAAGAAUCUAAAUCUCUGUCAAUUUUACGCACAGAUAAAUUUUUUAAACUCUACAUACUUAUUAUUAUAAUGAACAGAUAUUAGAAAGGUGAAGCAUCGAUAAUUUCACACCAUUUUUAUACAUUCACAGAAAUAAUGAGAACUUGCGGUAAAAAUUUAUCAGUUUCGAAUCAAGUAUAUAACAUAUUAUACAGCAGGUCUGAUUUUUAAUAUUCUAUUUUCGCGAGGACAUUGUCUUUUUAAUAUCUUGUAGUAGUUGUAAACACUAAUCUAAAUAUAAUUGCAAAAUGUGUUCAAGAGCGCAGAUCUACGGAUUAAAAUAUCCACGAUCGAGGUAACAAAUUUUAUAUAAAUGACGAAAAGACAAAGAUGAAAUGAAAAAAUAGAUACCUAUAAAAUAUUUUUACGCACGCACAAAACAAUGAGUCUGAUCGCAAAGUAACUGCAGCGAUCGUAUUUUCGAUACAUAAGUGCUUUGAUAUAAAAAUAUGCAUACCCCAAGCUAUAAUUUUGAAAAACGUUUUAACAGUGCCUUGAUACAGUAUGAAUAGUAUUCGUAUAGUCGAUUGAUAUAAAUGCACUAGUGAUGACCAUAUAUAUUAUAUAAAGAAAUGCGUAUACAACUGUUCGUAAUAGUAUUUAUUUCUCACGUCGCGUAUUACAGACAUUUAGGGUAUACAUGUAUUGCGAAAAGUACAAUUCUAUUAAGGAUAUAUAUUAUUAUUAUUAUAAUUACUAUAUCAUUAUUAUUACUGUUACUAUAUUAUAUGAUACGUAUGUACAUGCAUUAUGCGUUUUGAUUCACUAUCCGCACGCGGUGAGUCUUGUGUUUAUUAUGAUGAUCCAGUAUUUACCGGGUAACACUGAAAAUUAUUAUUAACAUUAUUACCGUUAUCAUGUAUGUCAAUACUGUACAUUAGGGUGGUCCUUAUCAAGGUGGAAUGAAUUUUUUCCGAACCGCUCGCCAAGUCUACUUUAAAUAAUUCAAAAACAAUUCCCAAUUUUUUUCAGAUUAUUAUCUCAACUCUAAUCAGUGCCUGUAAGAGGGAGGAUUUUCUCAUUUAAAAUACACGUAUCUUGGACACAUUCUCAGUACAUAUAUUUUACUGCAAGAGUAAUAGCAUUCAAAAAAAUCUAUAACUGCGAGGUUUUAGUGGGCAUUAGUGCUACUAUCUGAGAAAAAAUUCACACCAUCAUACCAGGUAAUCUAGACAAAUUGCACUUCCUCUAAAUGGAAAAAAGUUGGAUUUCGAGGGUGUGCAAUUUAUCGAGAUUGUAUGGUAUGAUAAUGUGAAUUUUUUCUUGCAUAUUAACACUAAUGCCCAAUGAAACCUCGCAGUUACAGAUUUUUUUGAAUAUUAUCACUCUUACUAUAAAAUAUAUACUAAGAAUGUGUCCGAAACACUUGUAUUUAAAAUGGAGAAAUCCACCCUCUUACAGGCACGGGUUAGGGUUGAGAUAAAAAACUGAAAAAAUUAGGGAAUUGUUUUUGAAGUAUUUGAAGUUGAUUUGGAGGGCGACCCGGAAAAAAUCGUCGACCCCCUCAAUAAGGACUACCCUGCUGUACAUGUAUAUUUAUCGUUAGUAUUUACGUUAAACUGUACGAUAAUAUGUAUAAUUAUAUUACAUACCUGAUGUACAUAUCA